AUGUCGUCGUUGAACCCUCUCCCCAUUGUGCUCUGUGCUCUUGACGAGUAUAUCGGCAAGCCUGCUUCUGAACUAUUACUUCCCGAUAUUGAAGUACUCCACUUCAUUCAGAGCCUCGAAGCUGCCCAACAAGAGAUUCCUCAUCUACUUGCCGGCAAUGAUCCCCACUCUCCACAUGUCAACAAUGUCGGCUCUCCCAAUUACCGACCAGUACGAUCAGUCAUCUUUGGUCGCGGAUUUGAUCUCACGGAUGUUGAAGAAAUUCGUCAAAAGGCUUCUGGUAUUUCUCCCGAACCUGUGGUCUGGGUUGUGGGCGAUCCUAGUAAGAAGCCGCCGCCUGGUGCGCAGCCGCCUCCGAACUAUCCCCAGAUUGUGGCAAUGGUUGCUAGCAAGUUGUUGAAUACUUGGAUAGAGCAAGGUGCUGCUAAGGAUGAGGUUGUGUUUUAUUAG